GGAAAUGGAACAAAAAUCAAUUUUCUACCUAACACAAUAACGUCAUAUGAUCACAAGUGCAAAUUCGCAGGGCAGAUAACUUCACUGGACGGCAAGAUGUUGCGGGCGAUUUCCCUUUUAUUUGCACUGGCUGCAGUUGCAAACUGUGAUCAACUAUCCGUGCUAUAUUCGCCAAAAGCGGUGGAAUUCAGUGGAAACAGCCGGUUGGAUUCGGAAUCGCUGCCGGAAGUGUUCGGAGCUGCCCUUGGCUACUCCGUUAGCCUGCCGACGGAAUGGGACGGUAUGGUGAUAAAGGAUCCUUUCAACACUGCGAACGGUGCCGUAGUGGUUGUUGCCGAGGGUCUUGAAUCCGUUGCAGUCGAGGGUGCCAAGAGUUAUCAGCUGGACGGUAAUACCGGAUCCGUUGCACUCAGCGAGUUGAUCCAGAAGUCGGCCGACCAUCAAGGUGUCAACUUUGAGGUGGACCUGAAGGAAUCGUCCGAUAGCUUUGCCACUCCGCUCGGUACGGUUCAGCCAGACGAUGAGGAGGUGAAGCCACAACAUCUGAAACCAAAAUCGAACAAAGCCGAUUCAGACUUUCUACGCCAGAUUGCGUUUUUGAACGGAUUGAGCGAUCUGCUCGUGACGUCGACCGAUCGUAUCCCAACGGUGCACAUUGUGCGUGUAUCAUUCGAAGCACUGUUGGCCGCACACGAACCAAAUUCUCCCGCAUUGGACGAGGCAAAGAAACUGUUCGUUAAUGCACUGGCAGGAUUGGAAACGGCAUCGGAAAAGGCAUUCGAUGGGGCUGUUAUUGUUGGACUGGUAACGGCCAGCGAAGGUCAGUUGGUGGUUCGUUCAAAGCGUCAAGCAACACAGCCGAAACAGGAAGGUGAUAAUGAUAACCCGAUGAAUUUGGCUACUAAGUAUAACAGCAAUUAUCCAGUCAUCUUCAACAUCAUUCUGUGGUUCAGCGUUGUGCUAGUGUUCUCGCUGCUCGCCAUCUCUAUUGUAAUCGGCACAAUGGAUCCAGGUCGCGAUUCCAUCAUCUACCGUAUGACUUCCACCAGAAUGAAGAAGGACAACUAAAUCAUUCCUUCUGCGCUGCCUGGCAGGCCAUAUAUACGUUCCAGUCAAUAGUUUGCCGGAUUGUACCAACUCUACUCUGAGCACUUCAUCUUAAAUUAACAACGUGAAAAGGAGUGUAUCGUCUGCACAUAAUUGGGAAAGUAUUAAAACGUUCAGCUGGCCUUUAUGGCCAGUCUUCAGACGCUCCUAAAUCAGAGAAAGAGGUAAACCAUCUGCUGGAAUGUGUCUAAUGCACAUGCUUCAUUGAAUGAGAAGCUAAAAUCCUACCCAAAACAGAAAGACUCUUCUUUUUUCGUCGUACAUCCAACCGUCAUCACGUUAUAUACUGCAGGCGAAUUUCUUCUAUCUACCUACGACCAGACGCUACCCAUCGUUGUUAUCGUCGUCAUGCACUUUGCGUUCCCAUGGGAUGAUGAAUGAAAAUACCAUCAUCUACUCUCCCAGAGAAAAUUAACAGCGGACACAUUCAUCAUCGCUCAACGUUCUCUCCCAUGAAAAGGUGUUUCUUUGGUUUGGCCCAUUAUUAUUAUACUGAGCCUCCCUGUUGUCGUUGCCUGUGGACUAUACCAACAGCCAAUAGAUCAUGCAUAUGCGCUGUCCCUUUGUUUUCAUUAGUUGUUGUAUAUUUGAGUUUCGUUCGUCGGGUGUAGAAAAUAAAUAAGGAUAACAUUCCAGAA